AUGUUAAGCCAGUUCUUUCCCCACAUUAAAGAGAAGCCAUUGAGCGAGCGGGUUCAGUCCCGAGAUGCCUUCAUUUACUUGGAUCGGACGAUGUGGUUCUUUGGCUGGACAGAGCCUGAAAAUAAAAGGUGGGAUCUACAUUACAAACUGUGGGCAACUUUCCUGACAUUAUUGGUAUUUAUCCUUCUGCCGAUCUCGGUGUGCGUAGAGUAUAUUCAUCGGUUCAAGACCUUCUCGGCGGGGGAGUUUCUUAACUCAAUCCAGAUUGGCGUUAACAUGCUCGGAAGCAGUUUUAAAAGUUAUUUUACCAUGAUGGGACAUAAGAAAAUACAGAAGGCUAAGAUGUCACUGGAUAAGCUAGACAAGAGAUGCCUUCGCGAUGAGGAGAAAUCCAUUGUUUGUCGACAUGUCGCCCUGGGAAACCUUUGCUACAUUUUUUAUCACAUUUCGUACUCUACCUUCUUGGUUACAAACUUUUUGUCAUUUAUAAUUAAGAGAAUCCAUGCCUGGCGCAUGUACUUUCCCUACGUCGACUCCGAAAAGCAAUUUUACAUCUCUAGCAUCGCCGAAGUCAUUCUCAUGGGGGCGGCCGUCUUUAUGGAUCUCUGUACGGAUGUGUGUCCCCUGAUCUCCAUGCUAAUGGCUCGAUGCCACAUCAGCCUCCUGAAACAGCGACUGAGAAAUCUCCGAUUGGAACCAGGAAGGACGGAAGAUGAGUACUUGGAGGAACUCACCGACUGCGUUCGAGAUCACCGCUUGAUAUUGGACUAUGUCGACGCUUUGCGAUCCGUCCUUUCGGGAACCAUUUUUGUACAAUUCCUCUUGAUCGGUACUGUACUGGGUCUCUCUAUGAUCAAUUUAAUGUUUUUCUCAUCAUUUUCGACUGGUGUCGGCACUGCCAUUUUUAUGUUCUGUGUAUCUAUGGAGACGUUCCCCUUUUGCUAUUUGUGCAACAUGAUUAUCGAUGACUGCCAAGAGAUGGCCGACUCCCUUUUUCAAUCGGACUGGACCUCUGCCGACCGUCGCUACAAGUCCACUUUGGUAUACUUUCUUCACAAUCUUCAGCAUCCCAUUACUCUCACGGCUGGUGGGGUGUUUCCUAUUUGCAUGCAAACAAAUUUAACUAUGGUGAAGCUGGCUUUUUCUGUGGUUACAGUUGUGAAACAAUUUAACUUGGCAGAAAAGUUUCAAUAA